CUAUCAAUAAUGUGGAGAUUUGUGCUCUUUUCCUCCCUUGCUGCUUGAAGAUUGUCAGCCAUCAUGAACAACACAAUGACUAUCUGGACCAGGAAGUUCAUGACUAACAGACUACUCCAAUGGAAACAAAUGGCCACUGAUGUCCUUCACCCUGGCAAGGCAACAGUACCCAAGACAGAAGUUCCAGGGAAACUAGUCAAAAUGUACAAGACCACGCCACAUGUCACCUUUGUGUUUGGAUUCAGAACCCAUUUUGGUGGUGGCAAGACAACUGGUUUUGGCGUGAUUUAUGAUUCCUUGGAUUAUGCAAAGAAAAAUGAACCCAAACACAGACUCUCAAGAUAUGGCCUGUAUCAGAAGAAGAAUACCUCAAGAAAAUAGAGAAAGGAAUGCAAGAACAGACUGAAGAAAGUCAGGGGGGACUGCAAAGGCUAAUGUUGGUGCAGGCAAAAAGUGAGCUGGAGAUUGGACAACAGAAGGAG